UGCUGUAUAGAUGUGGGAAACUCUCUUUUCAUGGCACUUCAAUAUUGAAGUGAAUUUUUCGUAGCAGGUUAGGAAACUGAGGUGAAGGUCAGGAAAAGGGUUAGGGUUAGUGAAAAUGACCUCAAAACCUUCUACGAAAAUUACUUUGCAUUGAAGUGCUGUGAAAAGAAUGUGUCCCUGCUCAGGUGUUACAUGCAUCAACCAAUGGUUGUGUGCCAAGUCAAUCGAAAUGAAUGAAGAAGACAAGGUCAUUCUAGUGAGUUAAUAAAAUGACAAGGUGUUGCCUGUCAGCGUUGUAGACUACUGCCUCACAAGCCCGGGCUUUAGUGGCACUGGCAUACGCGCUUGCCUCUGCACUGAAGGAGCCACCGAACGCGUCCGCGUUGCAGCUCUCACUUUCUCCCGCUACAGUAUGUCCUACAAUGACAUAUUUGGUGGGGAUUGGCAGCCAACAAUAGGAUUGGGACUAAAUCAAAGAAUAAAACGAUAUUGAAAUGAAUAUUAUUAACAAAUAUUUCCCAGAACAUUUUGGGUUCAACCUAAGGCUGACUAGGACAGAUCAAUCAACUUGAUCCGACACAGUAAGCCUACAUGUCAUACGUAGCACAGAGGGAGGAUGGUGAUCCUCAGAGGGAAGGAAAGGAAGUUGUUGAGGAAGAACCGGUGGCCACGCCCAAAGAGGAGGCCAAGAAGGGAAGGAAGGCAAAAAGGAAGAGGAGUGGCAAGAAGUCAAGGAAGCUGGGCACUGACAACGAUGCAGUCUCCAGGAAUAAACACCUGGAUAGAGGAUCUGUAAUUGAGCUCCUGGAGAAGAAAGCUGUUAAGGCUGCAUUCGGCCCAGGCAACAAGGAUGAGAUGGAAUACUCCUACCCAAUCCUCAUCUCAUUCCUGCGCAAUCUUACUGAUGAGCAGUGGCAAGUGAUCUACAAAGGACUAAAAAACCCUAUGACGAAGGAACAGCUUGCCAAAUUGUGCAAGACAAUUGUAACCUUCAUCGCACAGACCACCCUGCAGAUCCUGCUGCCAGCCCUGGCCCGCGUACUUGGGGUAAAGGACUUUGCUGACGACGACACUGACUCACCCAAGAGGGGUGGCAGUGCAAGAUCCUUUGCUGCCUUUGAUCAGGAAAGACUGGAGCUCAUCCAGGAAGUUAGAUAUCUGGCGAAGAAAAUGUAUAAGGGCGGCACAGGGGCUCAACAUCUCAGGUCCCUAACACCCUCUUCUAAGAGUUCCCAGAGCUCAGUGAAAGUCCACCUGGGAAUGACAGAGGACAGAAUCAUCAAAAGUGUCCAGGAGCAACUGUCUGAUCAUAAUAUCCUGUCCUCUUGCCCACCUGAGCUGACUGUUGGUCUUAUCAAGGUGGUGGUCGAACAGCUUAACUCUGCCCUCUCUGCGACCAUCAGCAGAGCCAUUUCAGGGCAGUCCUCCCCUAUUUCUUCUGGUAACCAGGCCGCUGAACAAAUGGUCAACAUGGUCCAGAAAUGUUUUGAUGAUCACGCCACUCCAGAGGACCAGAGCUCCACCUCUGUAUUAGAGUCAUGCAUUCCACCUGCAACAGAAGAGGUGAUGACUGUUAUCGCAGAGAUGGUGGGUGAAUUGGAAAAAGAAGAUCCGGAAUUGGCUAAGGUUUUUCGAGAAGUGGCUGUGAAAGUUAAAAUGUUGGCAUCUGGCAGUGACCUUGUAGUGGAGCACCUGGAUGUUGAAGACUCUCCUGUUCCAGAGGAGCUGAACAUAACAUGUACAUCUUGCAAAGCAAUGAUGCAAAAUCUUGGCACUCUGUUUAGUGUGAAGUUCAAGACCAAAGCCUCAAAGGCUGUGAGUGAAAUUCUUGUGAGAAGGUUAAUGAGCGAUAUCUCUGGUAUGGUUCAACCUUCUCAUUCAUUUAGUACCACUCCAAGCUUGAUGAAUGCAUCUAGCCCAUCUGACAGGAUCCUUGAUUCUGCGGCCACUGAGCUCAUACAGACCAAAGUAGAAUCUGAGGCAUCAAAAAUAAUUGAUAACUUUGUUGAAGAUGUCAAGGACAUUGUGCAGUAUGCUGAAUUAGAUCAGCCAACAAGCACCCAGAGAGAUACCCAAGUGGGACACUGUACGACAAAGCGGAAACCCUUCCAUGCAGCUCGUAGACUCUGCGAGAGACUUCAGGCAAAGCUGGAGACAUUGUUCCUCAGAAUGGGUGGAGCUCCAGUCCAAGGGGAAGAACUUAUGGAAAAAGCUGACUCCAGUGCUGUGCUUCUGGAACAUACUGACUCCAGUGAUCUGCCUGUUUCAAUCCUGAGCUUGCCUUCCCCAUGUAGGAGUGAAUCCCCUAUAUCAGAACGUAGUUCAUCUUCUUUAUCUGAUGGAUGUGAUUCAACUGACUCUGUAGGAGAGAAAACACCAGAGCAACCUGAAACCAGUAAGAGUGAGGCAAUACUGCAAGUGGUCAACUCAACGGGACUUGGUUCUCUCCGUAAAUGCCAAAGUGAGAACUCUCAACCAUUACUGUCUCUCUGUAAUUCCAACAUGGUGCCCUGCACCAAAGAGGUCUUGUCCCAGAUUGUGACCAUGUAUAGGUCAGAGGUGGCAGAUUUGGAAUGCACAUCAUCUGUUGCAGAGGGUUCCUCUUACAACUCCCUUGAAGUCUGUGGCUUUUUGGACAGUGUCAUGUCUUAUCUAGAAGACAUGCCCGUGUCUGGUUCUUCAUGGUUGGAAGGAUUAAGAGAUACUCCAGCCUCAGUCAUUGAGAAACUCUCCAGUGAGGAGUUCCAGAUGAACGCUACCAACGAAGUGCGAAAAAUACUGAUCAAAUCAGUCAGUAGCUUUCCCAGCAAAGUCAGUUCCAGCCAGACAGAUUCUCAGAUGUUGCCAGCAAAAUCAACAAUUUCCUUAAGGCAUACAGAUAUAACUGCUUUUGAAAUCGUUGGAUCAAUUACAAAUGACAUGAAGAGCCUUUUCCCACCCACAGAGUCUUCUACUACUCUAUGGCAGGCAGACUCUAUGCUUCAACAGAGUGAUGAGAAAACCUCAGAGUACACUGAGGCCACACCCAAAGGCUCACAGUCUGGUUUGGAAGUAUCUGAGAAGAAGAUCUGGACAACUGCAAAGACUAUUUACCACAAUGUGAAGACAAAGAUGAGGAAUUAUUUUACAUGGCAAAAUCAAGUCAAAGCAACAACGGCUCAAGCCAAAAAGACCUUCAGCCAUAUUCUGGUUUCAAUUCAGAAAGAGCUGUCAAAAUCUGACCAAACGGUGACUGCGCUUUCACAAAUAGAGAAUGUGGUUGGAAUGAUGCUGAAGGAUGUUGAAAGGGUAAGCAGUGAAUGUGGUGAGGAACCGAUCUAUCAAGCGCCACAGCGUUCUUCCUCCUCGUUGUCAUCCUCAUCUGCCAGAUCAAAGAAGUCAGAGUGGGAAUUUUCACUCCCUGGCACUCCCAUCUCUUCUGAUUUACCAGAGAGUAUUACUCAGCCCAUUGUGAGAUGCUCAGUCAUCGACAUGGGCAAAUCUACUAAGCCAAAAACAUUGGUGUGUGAUGCCAGGGAAAGCAUGUCUGCAAUAGUGGAUACCAUCAUAAAGGAGGUACAUCCAGAGGAAGAAGGGGAGGUUGCAUUCCACCCUGAUCUAACAGCUGCAAUAGCAAGACUGGAGGAGCUCAUAUGUCAGGGUAGGAUUGGUGCUCUCUCACGUGAUCUUACUCACCAAGUCAACCGCAUCAUUUCUGAGAGCAACUUGACCCCUCUGGUUCUGACAGUGGCGGCUGGAAAGAGUGUAUCCGAUACAGUCCUUACUGAGCUGAAGAGGAAUGACAAGACGGUGGGGAAGCCCACAGCUUACAAGCUGGUUCAGCUUUUUGCAGAGGAGUCUGUGAAGCGCCUCUUGCUUCCUAGCCUUGUGCCCUCUACAGCUUCAAUGAGUUUGGCUACAUCAGCAUUUAGUGACACAGUCAGCCUGUUUACCAAAGUAAUGGUAAGCCAGGUCAUGGACUCUGUGGUUUCUGAUGAACAAAGCAGAGGGUCAUCUCCAACCGGAACUGUAACUGAUAUAGGCAGUCUACUGAGUGGUAAGUCCUACCCUCUGCCAUCUUUCUCCGCCAUCAGCAUGACAACAAGUGGGACCUCCAAUGCUGCACGAGGCUUUGAGGCCAACAUAGAUGCUGAGGAAAGGGAUACCAUCAGUUGUUUCGGUGUACCUCAGAGCAUUGUUUGUGAUCAGAAUUCAACCAGCCCGGAUGUUGCCUCGCUUUCAACCCCAUCCACUGACAACUUAGUCGGUGAUGAUGACUUCACCGGCCUCAUCAGCAUGUUAGUGGUGAGACUUCUGUCAAAAAUCCAAACCCAAACUGAUCUGUACCCAACUGACGUCACACGCACGUCACAAGACCUGAUUCCAAAAGUUAUAGCUGCCUUCUGUGCAUGGUCAGGCUGCUCUGAGACCCAAGCUUAUCCCAAGAACCUGAAGAGUCACAAAGUAUACAGCACCGUCUACAAACAUCUGUUGAAGGAGUUUGGCUCAGAGAAAAUACUCCAACUGGCCGUGUCGACUCAGGACUCCACAUUCAAUAGGAUUCUUGUGAAGUCAUUGAGCAAGGAGCUUCUCCAUAGUUGUAACGAGGCAUCAAGAGCAGCCUCAAGAACAUCUUUCGAAGCCACCAGGCCAGAAGCUCUUCUCAUGGCUGAAGAUGUGAAGGCUACCAGAGGGAAGCUGUCUUUCCUACAAAGGCUUGCCAGACUGAAAUUCGACUUAAAGCCAUUCAUGAUGGGAAACAAGAAGGAUUCCAAGAAGAAUUCCCGCCAUUCUGAAUCCAAAGACCAGACUACUGCUGAAGAUAUCAUGUUGGCACAUCCUGGACUCCCAGAGGGUCUUCCCUCCACCUCUCAACAGGAGAAGCCUCGAAAACGUCCCCUUCUAAUCAGGAUGUUUUCCACCAUCUCCAUAGGCCUAUCCAAGCCAUUCAAACAGUUUUCAAAGCAAGCUUAAUACAACAAUUUCCUUUAAUACAGUAAUAUUUGCAUUAAAUUGAUGGCCUUUGUCUUCUUUUGUGUUGCCCUGUUAACACAUUUGAUUAGAAAAUACAUAGUAUAUUUAGUUUAGUUUAUUAUGCAGUCAUAGUCACGGUGUAGGCUAAACAAAGUAAUGUUGUCCUGAAUAAUGUAUAGAACAUGCACCCCCCCCCACCCACACACACACACACACACAGUGUGAUUCAUUGAACACACACACAUAGUACUUCAGAUAUGUCCCACAACCAGCAUUCAACCAGAUAUCAAUGAUUCAGUGUAAAAUACAUGUACUGUAAAAUAAACCGUAUUUAAUUUACAACCAAUAAAAUAAUACAUGAUGCAGGA